AUGGAGUCGCCGCACCUGUGCCUGCUGUACGUGGCCACGGCUGGCCAGCAGGGGCCCGCGCUCGGCGCCGACGAGGAGGAGGUCGUGCUGCUCGCCUACGUCUUGAUAGACCUCACUCUCAACAAGGUUGUGGGCGUGAACCAGUACCUGGUGAAACCUCGGACGGCGGACAUCAACGAGAAUGUUCUGUCGGAGCAGCUGGUGCAGGAGACGAGGCUCACGGAAGAGCUCGUCAAGAGCGGCCAGCCGCUGGAGGCCGCCAUCCAGGCGUUCGACCAGUACGCGCGCACGACGUUCCACCUGGGGCCGACGCCGCACUCGCUGCGGCUGGUGACGGACGGGCAGCUGCCGCUGCGCCAGUGCCUCCACCCCGAGGCCUGCUCCAAGGGCAUCGAGCUGCCUUCCUACUACAACUACUUCUUCGACCUCCGCAAGGAGUUCCACACCUUCUACGCCGCCACCAAGGAGAUAAAUUCCAUCAGCGACAUGGUGAAAUAUCUCAGCAUGGUACCGGAAACGGAAGCUGGCGACUUCUACGUGCGGGAUGUGAAGGAUAUGGUUAACAUCACCAUGAGGCUUCUCGCAGACGGUCAUAAGUUCGAGGAGCCGGAAGUGAUCAACCUUCGCCUGGAACCUGGAAUAUGCUCCAAGAAUGAGGAGGUGGACAACAACUGUGUGGUGAGAGCGCGCGGCCUGCCGUGGCAGUCGUCGGACCAGGACAUCGCCAAGUUCUUCAGGGGACUCAAUGUCGCCAAAGGCUGCGUCGCACUGUGUCUGAGCCCGCAAGGCAGGCGGAACGGAGAGGCUUUGGUGCGCUUCGUGAACCAGGAGCACAGGGACAUGGCCCUCAAAAGGCACAAGCACCACAUCGGCAACCGCUACAUCGAGGUCUACCGCGCCUCCGGCGAGGACUUCAUCAACGUCGCGGGAGGCAACAACAAUGAGGCUCAAGCGUUCCUCUCCAGAGGCGGACAAGUCAUAGUCAGGAUGAGGGGCCUGCCUUACGACUGCACCGCGAAGCAAGUCCUGGAGUUCUUCGAGUCUGGCGAGAACUCGUGCAAGGUGAUGGACGACGAGUAGGGCGUGCUGUUCGUGAAGAAGCCCGACGGGCGGGCCACGGGCGACGCGUUCGUGCUGUUCGCGCAGGAGGACGACGCGGCCAAGGCGCUCAGCAAGCACCGCGAGCUCAUCGGCUCGCGCUACAUCGAGCUCUUCAGGAGCACCACGGCCGAGGUGCAGCAGGUGUUGAAUCGAUCCAUGGAUCCUAAAACGUAUGAGCAGCAACAGCCACUAAUAGCACAAAUUCCACAAGUGCCUUUGCUCCCUCAGCACAUUAUUACUUCCGGGACUCGGAAAGACUGCAUAAGACUGCGAGGGCUUCCGUAUGAAGCUCAGGUUGAACAUAUACUGGAAUUUCUGGGAGAACAUGCCAAAAGUAUUGUCUUUCAAGGGGUCCAUAUGGUCUAUAAUGCACAGGGUCAACCGUCUGGCGAGGCAUUCAUCCAGAUGGACUCGGAGCAAAGUGCAUUCCUGUCGGCACAGCAGAAACACCACCGCUACAUGACGUUCGGCAAGAGGCAGCGGUACAUCGAAGUGUUCCAGUGCUCUGGGGAAGAUAUGAACUUGGUGCUGACAGGAGGCAUCCCAACAAGUGCUGUAUCACCGAGCUGGCAGUAG